AUGAGUUUAGGGCUUCAUCGCCUAUGGAAAGAUGAAUUGGUUAGGCAAAUUGCUAAUUUACAAGCCAACAUAUUAGAUGUUGCUAGUGGUACAGGCGAUAUAGCUUUUAGGAUAAAAAAGCGUGCUGAUUUAAGGGGUAAUACUUGCCAUAUUACUUUAUGUGACAUCAAUCCAGCUAUGCUAAAGAUAGCUAGAGAAAAAGCAGUCAAUAGUAACAUACUACAAGGGUUAGAAUAUGUAGCGCACAACGCAGAGCAAUUGCCUUUCCCAGAUAAUAGUUUUGAGUAUUAUACUAUUAGUUUUGGAAUUCGCAAUGUACCAAACAUUAAGCAAGCUUUAAAAGAAGCUUAUCGUGUUUUGAAGCCUAUGGGAAAAUUUUUAUGUUUAGAAUUUUCUAAAGUAGAAAAUGAGUGGUUCAAACCAAUAUAUGAAUUUUACUCAUUUAAUAUUAUUCCUAAAAUUGGCAAGGUGAUUGCAGAUAACGAAUCUGCAUACCGAUAUCUCGUAGAAAGUAUUAGUAAUUUUCCUGAGCAGGAUAAAUUUUCUGUUAUGCUAAAGGAUGCUGGUUUUAGUAGAGUAGAAUAUAAAAAUCUGACAUGUGGCAUUACUGCUAUUCAUAGUGGUUAUAAAUUAUAG